UUGUCCAACAGCAGCUCCAUCACCCAGUUCCUCCUCCUGGCAUUCACAGACUCACGGGAGCUGCAGCUCUUGAACUUCUGGCUCCUCCUGGGCAUCUACCUGGCUGCCCUCCUGGGAAACGGCCUCAUCAUCACUGUCGUAGCCUGCGACCACCAUCUCCACACCCCCAUGUACUUCUUCCUCCUCAACCUCUCUCUCCUCGACAGGGGCUCCAUCUCCACCACUCUCCCCAAAGCCAUGGCCAAUUCCCUCUGGGACAACAGGGCCAUCUCCUACCCAGGAUAUGCUGUCCAGGUCUUUGUGCUUUUCUUCUUGGCUGGAACAGAAUGUGCUCUUCUUACAGUCAUGGCCUACAACCGCUACGUUGCCAUCUGCAAACCCCUGCACUACGGGACCCUGCUGGGCAGCAGAGCUUGUGUCCACAUGGCAGCAGCUGCCUGGGGCAGUGGGUGUCUCCAUGCUGUGCUGCACAGUGCAAAUACGUUUUGCAUACCACUCUGCCGAGGCAAUGCCCUGGACCAGUUCUUCUAUGAAAUCCCCCAGAUCCUCAAGCUCUCCUGCUCAGACUCAGACUACCUCAGGGAAGUUGGGGUUGUUGUGGUUAGCCUUUCUUUAGCAUUUGGGUGUUUUGUUUUCCUUGUGGUGUCCUAUGUGCAGAUCUUCAGGGCCGUGCUGAGGAUCCCCUCUGAGCAGGGACGGCACAAAGCCUUUUCCACGCGCCUCCCUCACCUGGCUGCGGUCUCCCUGGUUGUCAGCACUGGCAUGUUUCCCUACCUGAAGCCCCCCUCCAUCUCCUCCCCAUCCCUGAGCUUGGUGGUGUCAUUUCUGUACUCGGUGGUGCCUCCAGCAGUGUAGCCCCUCCUCUACAGCAUGAGGAACAAGAAACUCAAGAAUGCCCUGAAGAACCCAAUUCGAGGUGUAGUGUUUCAGCAGCAAUAA